AUGUCAGUCUCGGGGAAGAAGGAAUUUGACGUGAAGCAGAUCUUGAGGCUCCGCUGGAGAUGGUUCAGCCACCCCUCUCAGAGUUCCACAGGCACCGGAGGUUGCCUGCAGCAGGAAGGAUAUGAGCAUAGAGGGACACCAGUUCAGAACAGGCUGAAGAGCCACUCGCGGGACAGAAAUGGGCUGAAGAAAAACAACAGCCCAAUACGACACAACAUCUUGGCGCCAGUGCCCGGACCGACCCCAGUGCCCCACCGGCCGAUCCAGACUUGGCCUGAGCAGCAGAACUUCAUCGAGCACCUGCAAGCCACAGAGCAGGUGCCGAAAGCUGUCAGAGAGGAGGAAGGUGACAAAGAAGAGCUGGACAGAAAGGUGCAGGAGCUGCAGAUGAUCACAGAGGAGAGCAAGGAUGAGUCCGUCGAGAGGUGGGUGAUUUAGAGGGCAGCGCUGAGGAAAAUCAGCUGCAUGUUAUUGCUGUUAUUAAUGGUCAUUGUUUGUAGUUAUUGCUAACAUUGUUGUUGUUGUUAUAUAUAAAAAGUGCCACCAAUGUGCUCAGCACAUUGCAAUGCACAAGAGAACAAGUCCCUGCCUGGAGGAACUUACAGUGUAAAAUAUGACAUGGCAGGGGGUGGGGGGUGAGAGAGGAAUGGCAGAGUAAUCGAAGCAGACAGGGUAUCCAUGUGCAUUUAUUUUGGUUGCAUGUACUUAUACUUGGUUACAGCAGGGUAGGGAAAGGGCCUAAACCCAGUGGUAAGGCAUCCACAUGCAGAAGGUUCCAGGUUCCAUUCCCAGCAUCCCCAGGCAGGGCUGGGAAUACCCCCUGCCUAAAAUUUUGGAAAACUGCUGCUAGCCAGUGUAGACAAUACAGUGGUACCUCGGGUUAAGUACUUAAUUUGUUCCGGAGGUCCGUUCUUAACCUGAAACUGUUCUUAACCUGAAGCACCACUUUAGCUAAUGGGGCCUCCUGCUGCCGCCGCACCGCCGGAGCACAAUUUCUGUUCUCAUCCUGAAGCAAAGUUCUUAACCUGAAUCACUAUUUCUGGGUUAGCGGAGUCCGUAACCUGAAGCAUAUGUAACCUGAGGUACCACUGUACUGAGCCAUAUGGGCCAGUGGUCUGACCUGGCAUAUAACAGCUUCCCUUUUCCCCAGUUAAGGGUUUGUGAGCCUAAAGUUUAAUGAGAAAGGUGAGCUUUGGCCUAAACUGCUUACUCUUUCUUUCUCCCCCAACUCUCUCUCUUCUUAAAUAAACCUUACUCUUGCUGUUGUCUUGGAAAUGAAUAUACUGUCCAGUUCUUAGGAAGCAUGCUUUGUUUCAUUUUAAAAAAUUGCUGGGGCUUUUUAACCCUAAGUGAAUGAAACCCCUUCCUCUAAAAUUCACACACAUCACACUGUGCUAAAUACUGCUAUUUUGUGUGUGUGUGAAUGGCGUUUCCUGUUUAUAAGAUGCAGCCCCCACCAAGGAACAAGGUCCUUUGUGUUUCACCUUGUUUUUACUCCCACCCCCUUCCCCUCUGACACUUCCCUGAGAAUUUUCAGUAGCUUCUGUAGAGCGUGUUAAUUUGUCUUCAGAUAAAUGAACCAGCUCAAAACCUUCCCUUUCCCGUGACUUUAUCAAUAAGUUCAAACUCUGAUGAAUGGAAAACGUUGGGACACACACAGACACUGCCACCAGUCCUCUUUGUUGCUGCUGUUUAUUGCCUCAUUGAUGAAUAUAAUUAACCUUGAACCAUACUGGGAAUUGGCAAGGAGCUUCUUAAAGGUUUAUUUUAAAAUUGCAGUAAUCUCACCCGCAGCUUGCUGAAGGGAGAGAACUGAGGGCAGUCAUGCACACUUGCUUGGGAGUACUAUUAAACUAAAUGCUUGACGGCGGGGGCAGUGGGUGCGGGGGGGGGGAGACGGGACACUUGCUUGUCAGGGAUUGAUAUGCUGGAUUGACCUGUAAGUCCUAAACACACAUGGAAGCUGAUCCUCUAGGAAUAAGUUCCCUUGUGUUCAUUUGAACUAACUACUAACCCAGUGUAGACAAGGCUGCGACCUUUCUAAGUAAAAUGUCACUGAAAAUGAGCAGGAAAGCGUUAGAGUUCAGAUUUAGGAUGGGAGUGACUUCUUGUGAGAAACUGAUAGCAACUGAUAGCAACAAGGGCCAAAAGCAAGAAACGGGGACGGUGGUGGAAAUGUGGUUCCAGAAGUAAUUUGUUUUUAAAAACAGUAUGUUGUAGUGGUUGGAGUGUUGGGACAAGAAACCUGAGAGGUCAGGGGUCAAAUUCCUUCUCAGUCCUGAAGCUCACUGGGUGACCUUGGGCCAGUCACUUUCUCUUAGCCUAACUUACCUCACAGAAUUGCUGUGAGAAUAUUUAUUUAGUUCAGUCAGGAUGCAAAUGUAUUUGCUCCAAUACAAACUGUACAUGUAUUGCAAAAAAUAUAUAUAAUUUUAGUCUCCGGCAUUUUUUCAUGCCAGGGAAAAAGGAAUCCUGUUUGACAACCUGCAUUUUAAAAAAUUGCUUCUCAUUUCUCCAGCUUGUGAUGUGUAGCAAUCCUGAUUUGUUCAAAUCUAUGUCUGGGCAAGUUGAACAAAAGGCACGUUGGCAUAUUGAAAUCUAUAGAGGAUUCAUUAAGUGCCUGACACCAGUGUACUUUUUGCACUGAUGCCAACAAGAAUGCAGAAACAUACUCAGUAAUGGAAUUUCCCUUGUGAAGUCUGAUUCUAUACACCUUUACUGAUAAGUGUUCAAUGGAGGCCAAUGGGGCUUACUUCCAAGUAAGUGUAUGAGAGAGCAUAGUUUGAGCAGGGACUUUGAGCAUGAAGAACAACAAAUAUGGUGGACACAGUGGAAACUGCUAUACUGUCCUCAGCUUGCAUGACUUCUUCCUUAUGGCCUUUCUAAGGGUAGCACUGCUUACUAGCUUUCUACUCCUUAUAUCUCAAAAGAGAAGAGGAUGGGGGACAAACAAGAAUUACUUGACUCCACCUAGCAGCCCAGAUACGCACCAACCACCAUUGGCUGGAAAGAUCCCUUUCUCUGCUGGUAGCUGACUAAAGUUGGGCUGAAAUUCUCAGAAAAACAAUUUUAUCAGAAUUUCUUUGAAUUUUUCGUUUUCUGAACUGUUGGAAAAGGUUGAUUCUCCCCUGGAGAAUAUUCAACAAAAUGGCCUCCUCAAUUUCUUAAUCCAAUAACUGGAUGGAGAAUUUCAGCUCCUGCUAAGCACCCCCAAUGUUCAUAUUGUUGAAUAUUCAGUAAUUCAGUAAUAUUAAAUAAAGCAUUGGGUACACCUUCCUUCUCCUGGUCCUUUUCUCCUGGACAAUUGCUUCCUUCCUCUAUCAGAAUGAAUGAGCAACAGUCUCAUUUAGCAUUAACCUGAAUCAAAAUGUCUCAAAAGAGAAUUUUCUGGGAAUUCUUUUUGCUACCACAAAACCUGUUAGAGAAUUCCACAUCCCUCCCAGAGAUUAAUCUGAAUAUCCUCCUCCCCAGUCUUGCCUCCCACAAUAAGGGUGGAAAAUUUUGGGAGGCCAGUUUUGCCCAUCAAAACUCAACAAGUCAAUAUAGUCAUCACUGCUGGGAUGCCUUCAAAAUUGUGUGGAGUCUGGCCUUCCUUUGAGAGUCUCUCCAUAUAUCCUACAGCAGCUGUCAGGAAUAUUGAACAGGGACAUGGAAAAGUCACUGUGUGAGAACAAUUCCAGGCACUAAGUACUUCCAGUUGUAAUGGACCUGGCAUGGGGAAUCAUAAGAAGCUGCUUUGUACCACAUCAAGGUAGUUGUCCACCCAACUUGGAUUGCCUACUUUGACUACUCAGAAUGAGGUCCUCCUCAUUGACUGUUUCUGGAUCCUUUCAACUGGAGUCCCUGGGAAUUAGGCCUUGAACCUUCAGCAUGCAAAGUGUGCUCUCUUCCUCUAAGCUAUAGCCCAACUUAGAAGCCCCUCAGAGUCUGUGGAGGAGGUCCUUUACAUUUCCUGCUUCCUGCUCAUUUUAACUGGAGGUCCUGGGGGGUGAACCCAGGAUCUUCUGUGUGUAAAUUGAUGCUGCCCUAUCACUAAACUAUGGUCCCUACCUGGAUAGGGCAGCAUCACUGUGUUUUGCAGUAUCUGUGUUUUGAAACCCUAAAACAUCUUUCCUCUGGAUUGGAGAAGUAAACAGCAACAGUCUUUCCAGCUAGGGGCUUCAACAAAGGGAUCAGAAUGGGAAGUUGUUUCCAAUUACUAGGCAGGAAAGAAAACCUGUCACUAAAGCAGUGUGUUGUUGUUGUUGUCAUUGGUAGUGGUGGUGGUGAAGAAGAGGCUCCAGGUAGAUUCCCAUAUGUGUGUCAUGGGCUGGUUGGAUGAAGAGGAAUGGUGGGAGGAACUAGCUGGAGAACUUCCAGGAAAGGAAGACUCAGAGCCCAGGGAUUGGUGGUGGAAUGAUGAUGAGUGGUCAGAGGGAGAAGAGGGAGAAGACAGGGAAGAGGAGGUGUCAGGUGCUGAAGAGGUAACAGGGCUGAGUGAGCUAGGAGAGUCUGUGGUAGAGAGAAGCCCAGAAUCAGAGGCAGAAGCUGAAGCAGGAGAAGAGGCAGGCCAAGAGGCAGAGGUGAGUCCGGCUGGUGAAGAGUCACAGGUGUCUCUUCCUCUUGCUAUGACAAGCUCCCCUUCCCCCCGGUCUCCCAGAACCAGAAGAGGCAUGAAAAGGGCAGAGGAGUGGUUGGCUUCAUGCAGGCGCAGUAUCUGAUUGCUUGGAAAAAGCCUGAGGAGGUGGACACUUUCAGUCUUGGCAACUGAUUUUCAUGGAAGAAGACCACUGGGAAUGAGCUGCUCUGCUCAUUAAGCCUGACAGUCAAGUCUGUGGAGAUCCUUCUUUUUGCUAAUAAAGUUAACUAUCCUGAACUGUGUGAUUACAGACACAGCACACUCCUGUGACAAUGUGUGAGAAAAGCCUGAUCACUGAGCUAUGGCCAUGACCCAGCAACUGCUUUAGAACCUGAAAGUUCUAAUUGGUUCCCAUUAGCAGCUCAAUAGGACUGGUAGGCAGGGAGACCAACAGCAGGUGAAGGCAGAGCAAAGGAAGGCAGAGAAAACUGAUUUAUUGUUUUGUUCCUGGCCUCCUCUAUCCUGAGUUGCACAAGGGAAAUGCUGAGAAUGAGGAAGCACCAGAGGAUAAGCAGUGACAUCCCUUUGACUGGUUGUAAGCCAGGAGACAGGCAGGUGAGCAGGCUGAGGUUGGUGGGGCACUUUGUCCUAAUGGACCAGCCUCCACUGUUAAGCCCCCAGCAGAUCUAUCCUCUGUGAAAACAGCCAGUAAAAGGGCCAGUAUUAAAAAUGGCCAGAGGGUUAGACAUGCUAGCCAUGUCGCUUCUUAAACAUUAACUCAUUUAUUAUGACACAUGCUUCUUCAACCAGAUCCCCGCUUCAUCAGAUGCAUGAAGUGUUAUCCUCACUUGGCAUAUGUAUGGGUGCAGAAGGGGGCAGAAAAAAAAAGGAGAGAAGUGAACACUGGUAUCAAAUGUCCCAAAAUGCAAAAAGUACUGUCUGUGACCAUCUGCUUGAAGUUUAAAAGCAUGUGGUGCAAACGCAAGCUGUUUGUACAUUGCAUAUUUUUCGACUGGGUGUUUUAUUCUGUUUUGCAGUGUUAAAGUUAGUGAUUGUCUGCGUUACAAUGCAAGAAGGGGAUGGGUGAGAAAGUGGAAGGCAUAAUAGUAUUUAACAUUCCCGCACCCAGCAAUUAAGGGUCAGGGUAUGGCACUUCUCAUCUGCUGCCUAGCUUCCCCAAAUCGUGAUGACACAUGUCUAGCGUCUCUCAUGAACUUCACCAAAUGACAAAUACAGGGAUUGUGAACUCAUCUAAUGGGAACUGUUUGAAUCACAACCUCUUUCUAUCAAGGAUUCGUGACUGUCAGGAUUGACUGGGCGUUGCGUUUUUCAUGUCCUUGUCAAUGACUAUCUUCUCAUUACCAUAGAAUAUGGUGUUCUUGCCUCUAAAAUGUCUAGUGUUUUGACAGACAUUCUAGGCAUUUUUUUUUAACUGAGUGGCCAAAUUUCCCUCCCCUGUGGUUUGGAUCCAAUGAUGACACAAUACAAGUGGAAGACUAUUCUAUUCAUAGAAGAGCUGAAGGGGAGGGUAUGAUGUCCAAAAUUCCCUAUUACAGCUGCAACCUGCCACCUCCCCUAUAAUAAUUUUGGAUAACUCCCUCACCACCAGGAGAAGCUUCUCAAACAGUGUGCAUGCUUGGCAGGCAGAAGGUCACAGGUUUGAUCUGCAGCAUCCCCAGGUAGGGCUGGGAAUGGCCGUUGUCUGGAGAGCCACUGCCAGUCAGUGUAGACAGUAUUGAGGUAGAUGGACAAAUGCUCUCACUUGCCACAAAGCAUCUUCUUAUGUUCCUAAAAAAACCCUGUUGCAUAAGAGGAACUCUGCUCAUGAGAAGGCAAAGCUGUGUUGGAUCAGACAAGGGUAUAUAAAUUCCAGCCUCUUGAUGCCCUCUUGAUGGCUAUCAGAUCCUUUCCAGGAAGGUCACAAUCCCCCAAGGUGAGAGCCUUCCAUGCUGUGGAAUUCAUAUUCAGUGGUAUUCUCUUCUUGUAAAUGGAGGCUCUGUUCAGCUUCCAUAGCUAGCAACUUUUGCUAAACCUCGUAGUACUUAGGCUCCAUUUGUGUGCCCAUCUAACAAAUGCUUCUCAUUGCCUCCCCAAAUAGUCACCAUGCUCAAUGUAUUUAUCAAAUAUUCCAAGACUGAAAUGGUCAAGUGUAGAACCUUUUCUUACCCCACGCAAGAAGGAAUCAGUAGGCUUGCAAGAGGCUCAGACUUUGCAGAGGGAAGAAACGCCUAAGGGUGGAAAAUCUUGAAAAGCAGCUUAGUGGGGACUGAGCAUGCUCAAUGGGAACGGAAUGCUAAUUCUUGGGGAAAUGGAAAUGGAACUCUGGGGAGGGGGAAUAGAAUGGAAUGACACAUCCAGAAAGCGGAUGCGACCCACCGACCGUCUGGAAUCAGGAACGGCAACAUUUCAUUAUUGCUGCUCCUGUUGUUUUUGAGUACAUUAUGAAUGUAGAUGGCACUUUAAUACAGGGCUGGCAAAUCUAGAUAUCAUUGGACUACAGAUCCCACCACCCCAGACCAUGGCCAUGGAGGGUCCCAGGUCCCCCAUCUCUGCUGUAAGGGAAACAAAUGGCUGCGUCAAGGAGCUUACAGUCCAGACUUCGACAGUUGCCUCUCUAUUGCCUUUGCUGUUAUUCUGAACUGACACUUUAAUUCGGGAAAUAUACCUUGAGCACAGGGAGAAAUAUUCUGGCAUUUAAACUUAUGACCUAGACUUGGGAGUACAGCUUUUGUCUCUACGAGUGUUUAUUUGCUACAGGUGUUGAAGCUGUUUCCGUAGAACUGGGGCUGCUAGGUAGGCUGGAGGGCCAUGAACCUGAUAGAGACGAACCACACAAUAAGCCCAUUGAUGUAGGAACCCUCUCUGGCACCCAGGGCGGGAUGCUAAGGGGCAGGGCGAAUCGCCCGGUGACGCAUGCACGACGUCCGUAUGGACUGCGCAUGUGCGGCAUCCCAUACGGAGUGCACACAUUUACAAACUUUGCAUGACAGUGCAGAAUAUUGCCAGUGAGAAGUGGCUCCAAGCAGUGAGUAUGAACGACAUUGGCCAAUUCCGAUUUCAGGAUGGUCCUUUCCGGCCAUUGUGAGCCCUCCAGGAUUUUGCUGCCUGCAGAAUUGCCCAUUUAAAUUUCAAGUCACAUCUGCACUUUCUAUGCAGAUGACAUUGAACCGGACCACUAACUAGCAGUGUAAGCUUAUUCCAGGCUCACACAAUGACUUCCAAUCAGCGUCGCCUAAAUAAGGUCAGGGUCGGCUAUACAGAAAAUCAUUAAGCUUCCUCCGAGUCGGCAGACUUUGGGUGCGAGACUGACAAGGUGAGAUGCACACAGCUUGCCUUCAGAAAAGGUGGUUUGGGAGCUUUGGCAGCCUUAGCUCUUUUCACCACCACUAUCACCAAAUCUGUAGUUUAUUAAUGUUUUUAUCCAGAGCUAUAUCAAUAAAAAGGAGAAUAAUGAUAACUGAAGGCAGAAUAGAGAACUGCAGCAACGGGGAGAAACUCCCAUCACCCCUGACCACUGGACAAGUUCAGUGGGAGCUGAAGUCCAACUGUAUCUUGAGAUUCACCAUCAGACCGAGAAGCUUGAAAAAAUAGCUAUCUCUCGUCUCUUUUUUGGUGAUACCAAAUUCACAGGGGAAAAGAAAAGAGGCUUCUAAUAGUUGAAUUUUCUCCUUACUACUGUCUUGGACUUGUUGAAUUACCAACAAAUCUGAUUUUAAUUUUUUUAGAUAAAUGUGAAUAUAAGGAACAAAACAGAGGAGGGAAAUAGGUGAGAAGGAGAGAGAUGAAGAAUAAAGAUUUGUGUGUCAGAUAGGGAAGGUGUCAGAUAGAGAGCCAGGCAACAGCAGUUGUUCUUCCAGGGUAAUAAUGUUAGCAGAGCACCACUCUUGAUAAGUCAUCAGCAUUUUUGUGCCAAUUUUUACUGAUAUACACAUUUUUGCAAGGCAUUUCCCCCUAACACAAUGCAAAUUUGCACAGUAUUUUCAUGAACAUAUGUGUUUCUAUGCACACUUUAACAGAAUAUAUGCAUCCCUAUGCAAAUUACUUGGCUGCAGAACUGCACUGUAAAAUUUGGUGAUGUGAGAAUUUCAAAGGAUGGCUGUGUUUUUUGUGCAUUGUUUUGGAGAGUGCAAAUUUUGUGGGUUCACCUUUAAAUGCAAACAUAAUCAAAUUUCUCCUGCAUCCCUACAUGUGAAUAGCCCAUUUGUUUUCCCAUCAUCUCUGCCUCUUUCUUGCCUCCACAGCCCCCAGUUUUUAAGCUCUUAUGACCUCACUUCCUUCAUUUUCCCAAUGUAUUCUUUGAUUCUUUUCCCUAGGCAAAGAGACCAUUCACUUCUCUCCCAGAAGUUGCACAGUUUGCUAACAUUCUGCUGUUUCAUUUUCUCUGAAACAGCCUAUGGCUGUGUAGGUAGAGACCGUCUACAGGCAACAGAUAAUGUUUUGUUUAUGAUAAACAUGACAUUUGGUAAACCUAACACUGUUGUAUGGCUGGGCAAUAUCACCCAGUGGAGGGACCUUUUCAAUUCUACUGGGCCAAGGAAGAAUAUAUUCUUUUGUGAAUAUACUUAAUGUUUUCACCAGCUCAUUAUUACCUCUUUCUUUUAGUUCUCCUGUGCCUAAUGUUAGACUUUUCUUGUGUAAAGCCUCUGCACUGCAAGUCAGGUUUCCCAUUUAAUUGCAUUACACUCAGUAGGGGCAUUGUUUGGAAAAUAGCUUAAAUUAUAUAUUAUAGUUUCUCAUUAUAGGCAGCAAAAAUUGGCUGUAGCUGUUACCUAAGGGAGCAGCAAGCACCAACUAGCAGCAUGGAAGUGCCCUUUAAGAAAAGGUUAUACACAAUUCUGUAAAACGUAGAGGCAAUAAGUGAAGUCAUUUACACUUCCAUAACAGGCUUUCUAUCCUCUUCUUGAAGCCAGGCACACACUUGGGGCAAAUCACACAACUUUUUAUGUUUGUGGCUUGAUCCAAAUAGCUUGGAAGAAUGGCACAACAAUGGGCAUGGACUCUGAACAGCUGCCCAUGAUCCUGGCAAUGUGCUCACAGCACCCUUCCCCAACCUAUGUGCUCCAGUGGUUUUUGGACCACAGCUCCCAUCAGGCUCAAUGGUGGGAAAUGCAGUCCAAAAUUGUAGUCCCAUGGGGUUGGUGGGAACAAAACAUCUGGGGGGCAGGAGGUUGGCUAAGGCUGCAUUACUUUAGCAGUAUUGCCCUCUUUAUCAUGGGAAAUAAAGAUAAUGGAAUGGUACAUUUUACUCUUUCUAAUUAUAGUCCAUAAAUCUUUCAACAUGGCCAUUGAUUAUUCUUGUGAAAAAUGGCAUCUCAAAAAAAAAAGGGGGGGCCUGCGGACAGUGUAUGAAAUAGCAAUGAAAUUAGAUACUUCAAGCAUAUUAAAGCAGCGUUUCGAUUGUUUUCACAGAGAAGUUGGGGUGACACAGCUAUGAAAUCAACAGGAAAUUGCAUCACAGUGUGCGCAUUCUUAGGAGGACAUAAAAAACGAUUGCUCGCUUUAUCGAAAUGCAGUCUAAAAGCACUUUAGUUAGACCUAAUGGACAAUUAAAGGUUAUUUUACGGCUGAAUCAUUGACUUCCAAACUAUUUAUGAGGAGUUAGGCACAGUCCAUUAGCACUGUGCGCUUCAUGCUUUAGACAAUUGUCCAUGCUGUGUUGACCACUUUACCCAUCAGCUUUGGUCCUUACCAGGGAUGGGAAAGAAAUUUGGUUCAGUUCCCAUUUAAAGGUGAACUCACAUAAUUUGCACAUUUCACAGCUAUAUGAGAAAUAAAGCCUUCAAAAUUCUCAGGAUUUUGCAAUGCAAUAGUCCAGCCAACUGAGACGUGUGGGUGUAGGGCUGUAUACAAAAUAGAUAGAUACAUGAUAGAUAGAUAGAUAGAUAGAUGAUAGAAUGAAUGCAAAAAUGCAUACAUUCUGAAAAAGUGUGCAUAAAAGUGCAUAUUGUUGUUAAAAUAACACACAAUAACACACAAAAGGCCAUUACAUUAGGGAAAGUUGUUCUGCAAAAAUGUGUAUGGUAGGUACACCCGCCCUGAAAAACUUCACCAGGACAACCCACCUGUCUAUCACAUGACACCUGCCAAAAUCUCUUGUGUGGGGUUCCAAAGCACCUGACAGCCAGCCAAGAAGUCUGUUCAUCACACUCUCCUGUGAGUGGAGGAUUGUGGUUGGUGAUGCAGUGCACAGACCUCUCUGUGGCAGCACAUCCUUUGUGUAAUGCACUCCUUCUAUAGUAGAGGUGGGGAAAUGCAGGACCAGGGGCUGACUGCACCAGCCCAGGAGCUGGCAUACUUAUUUCCCCUCCAACCUGCCACCCCCAAUCUUCCAUCCUGGCCAGCGUGAGACUCUCAGGGUUCUGGUUUGGGUGAUUCUUCUGCAGCAGAGCAAAUAGAUGCUCCAACUUCAUUAUCUCCUGCUCUUUCUCAUGCACACAUAUUAGAGAGGGGAAUGUAAGCAGCAUUCCUAGAACUCCAUCUCAGCUUUAAAUGAGUAACCCUUUGCUCUCUCUUUCAAAACUGCCAGCUGUUUCUCUCUCUCCCACUUUUCCCUAAGUUUGACGGGUGCAACCGUGCUGAAGUAUAUCUCAUUCAGAGACCAAGAGAGAUCCUCAGCUCUCAGGGGACCAUCUCCUAAGAAUUAAUUCUCAUCAGCUGGACCUCUUGGACCUCCUAUCCAUCCAACUGUUUUACAAAGGAGUGGCUGGACAGCAGCUGCCUAAACUGCAUCUAUCUUCAUUUGUGGCAGGAGCAGGGAGUCUGUGGGUCUUCCAGAUGCUAUUGAAUUCCAGCUCCCUUCAUCUUAAACCAGCAUGGCCAAAAGCCAGGAAUGAUGGGACAACAUCUGGAGGGCCACAGUGCCCCCUCCCCUCCCCUCCUCGACUACAGUAUCUGUUUGCCCUCAUUCUGCAUGAAUAUUGAUCUACUUCUCUGGAAGUUUCAAAGCAAAAUGCUGGUCACACCACAUUAUGCUUGGCUCAUCUUAGAUCAAGCACCCCCAAACUUGGCCCUCCAGCUGUUUUGGGAUUACAACUCCCAUCAUCCCUGACCACUAGUCCUGUUAGCUAGGGAUGAUGGGAGUUGUAGUCCCAAAACAGCUGGAGGGCCGAGUUUGGGAAUGCCUGGCUUAGAUCCAUGCAACACAGCUGUGAGUUGUGAGUCAGGAUGACCUACAAGAAAAAAACACAGCAGAUAAGAGCAUAAACCCCUCCAGUUGUCAUCCAACUUACCAGAACAGCAUGUCUGAGGGAGAGGAAAGGAAUUUGUGCAAGGCUGACUGGUGAGCUUUGUGGCUGAUCCUGAACUCCACAUUGGCACAGAAUAGUCAGUGCCCCCCCUUUAGUCUCAAGUGUGCAUCCGCCUCCUGUUCCUUUAGCUCCAGAAUUAAAUCAUGCUCAGUAUGGAUUCCUGACAUCUUAGAUUAGCAUUUGGGUGCUCCUCCCCCUGUUCCUCUGCAGCCUUCAGCUCUAAGAGCCUGUCAACACCUAUUAAUUCUAAUCAGAGCAGAAGCCUCACCACAUCUUUCAGAACUGGGCCCUACACGCUUACUGCAAGCUGAUGUGCAAAGUGCUAAAAUCCCAACUGUGGGAAAAUAACAAUUCUGAGGUUUUCCAUAUGGCUAGAAGCAGCACCUUUGCAAUAAGUUUUCAGAGCAGUCCUACUGUGUUAUUCCCCAGAACCAAAGAAUUCUACAUUUUUAAUUCUUCUUCUUCUUCUUCUCCUCCUCCCUCCUCCCUCCCCUCCCCCAUAUCAUUUAUAAAUUGGUUCCCAUGAGGCAUCCUGAAGUGAUUCACCAAAUAAUAAAAUAUAUGUAUAAAAUAGUUUACAUUGAAACACUUAAAACAAUUGCAUUUAUUAAAAAAACACGCAAUUAAAAACACAGUUUAUAGUUUAAAACAGUUCAGAACAACAACACAUGCAUGCAAUCAGUUCAAAACAGUACAACAGAGAUAUUGACUGGGAUCAAGAUGCCAAUUUAGGAAGUUUGUUGAAAGGGGAACUUAACCUGGAGCUGGAGUUCCUUCGCCGCUUAACCCCAGAAACCCUUUUCAGAUCUCAUGUAUGGCACAUGUAUAGUAAAAGUCACGAAGGGGCAGUAUUUUUCCUUCGAUUUUGCCCUUGUCUAGCUGGGGAUUUGCUCCAUGCUAUGAUAAAGAUAUUUCCCUUGUCAUCUUUCCUGAACAGCUUUUGGUAGAUUUCUCUCUUUCCACUCCCCCUCUCCCCCGUUCCAGUUGACAAUCCUCUCCUCUAACCCCCUCUUGCUUUUCCGUCUUUUGACACCAAGUAUAAUCUUCUGCGUCAUCAGAACAACAGUGUGAAAGGUAUCAUCAGGACAGCGGCUCAGUUUCCCAAAGAUGCUGUUUCUACGGAAACACAUGUUUCUAAUUAUGGUGGGUCUUUCUGACAGCUUAUGCAAAACUGUACAUCACUUUAAACGGGAGCUUCAUGGCACACAUGCUCCCAGCACCCAUUAAUUUAACAUUCUCUGGCUCUCAGGUACUCAGUUACUUGGAAGGGGGAAGAAGAUAGAGAUGUUCAUCCAGUUCACAUUUUAAUGGAAGCUACCUUUUGGAAUUCACAUGUCUCUGAAUUUUGUAUGCAUUUUCACAGCAAAAAAUUGGGCACACAAAAAGUGUCUAUUAAGGUAAAAGUGUGCUCAAUAGAUUAAUCAACUAAAGUUUUCGCUUUCGUGGAGGCACAUUCUCACCAGUAUGACUGUGAGCUAAAAGCAGUCUUGCUUGUUUUCCCCCUUAGGCUACUUUUAGGCUAUUUUUGUUACGAUAAAUUAUUAGGUAAUGAAAAAUAACAUGCUACACAACGACCUUUCCUUCUAAUAAAUCUUGGUAGCUUUUAUCUAUGAGAAAGUAUGUGUAGAGAAGUUUUCCAUGAGAAAAUCUGUAUAAAGUUUUCCCUCUCCCCAAAUACUAGAACGUGUAGAAUGUCUUGCCGUAAGAUAUGGUGAUGAUCGCAAGCUUAGAUAACUUUAGAAGGGAAUUGGGCAGAUUCAUAAAGGACAGGUCUGUUAAUAGCUGUAUGGAAUCUUCCAGUUUAGAGUCAGUAUGACCCUAUAUACCAGUUACUGAGGGAACAAACUUUGGCAGAAGGCAAUUGCAUUCAAGCCCUUCUUGUGGGAAAGGAUUUUUCUGAGCAUUCUGAGCAGGAAAUGAAAAAUGCAAGAAACCAAUUUGGGGAAAAAAUCAUUUCCUAAUGCAAACUGCCACUUUUCUAGUCCUCAUCAUAUCAUCUAUUUGGGAAGUCAUUUUACUGCAGUCACUGAUACCUAAGUCAAAUAUGAAAAUGUAUAAGCAAUUUCAAAAUAAAUAAGAUUAAUUGGAAAAGCAAUUAUUAUAGAGCGGCAGAGUGAACAAUUACCGAAUCUAGCAUAAUUAGACUCGCUGUACACAACCACUACAAAUAAAUUAGGUCCAUCGGCGCCAGCUCCUCUCUAAAGGAUUUGUGUAGUGGCUCCCCAGUUACCAUAAUUCUUCUGCAUUUUGUAGCCUUUGGACUUGGACAACUAAUCAAGCCAUAAUUGGCUAUUUACCUGACAAGCUGAAAUGAUUAUUAGUAUUGCAGAGCCAGGCUCAUGCUUUAUUACCACGUACGUGAAGGCGCAUCUUCUGGGAUGUUUGGGUGCAUAAUGAGAGUAUUAUUUAUUAGGUCACAGUUGCCAAAUGGUUUCUAAUGCUUCAUAAGAGUAUGAAUAUGGAACUAUAUUAAUAAGGUUAUUGGGAAAACACAUAAAGUUUAAACCAGGGAGCAUUGUGUUUUAUUAGACAGAGAUGCUCUUGGUGUGAAACAAAGCUGUAACUUAAAGCCUCUGGAAGUUUACCUCACACAUGCUAAGCUCAUUGUGGUGGAGUCUCCUUCUUUGGAGGUCUUUAAGCAGAGGCUUGACAACCAUAUGUCAGGAGUGCUCUGAUGGUGUUUCCUGCUUGGCAGGGGGUUGGACUCGAUGGCCCUUGUGGUCUCUUCCAACUCUAUGAUUCUAUGAUUCUAUGCCCUUUCAGCUUCUUCUCAGGGACUUUGUCUGCCUGGUCAUCCAAGCCUGUUGGCACAGGGCAUGAAGGCAAAGAUAAUGCCUCUCUCUGUCAUUGUUUCCAGGCACUUGUUAUUCAGGGUCUUAUAGCCUGGGAGGGUGUUACAAGAGUGUGCAUGCUUCCUGCCUGCUCAACCUAUACUAUCGCCAUCUUACCUGUGAGUCUUGGAAGACUUGCUCCCUUGCCUUGCAGGCUUUCCCCCCACCUGGCCUGGGAGGGCAGGGCCCUGACUGACUCCAGCUACAAAGGUUGAGAGAGCUCAGAGAGACCAGAUACCAUCAUGGCUGCAGAUGCAUACCUAGGGUCCCUUGAACUCUUGACAAGGGGCCAUAUGGCUCCUCUCCCCCCUAAAAUCACUUUACCACAAUAACCACAUUAGAAAUCAUUCUACGUGGUCCAAGUACUCAAAGAAUCCUGAGUAUGGGAAAGGUGAGGAGGAAGGGUGGAAAAAUUCACAUGCCUUGUGUUUGAUAUCACCACAACAGUGGACUGACUCCAGCUUCAGAAGCUGAGGCUACUGAUGAGGCCAGAGACCACCUUGGCUCCAAGUCCUGGAAGACUUACUCCCUGCCUUACAGGCCUUUUCCACCUGGCCUGACCUGGGAGGGCAGGUCUCUGACUAACUCUGACUACAGGGGAUGAACAGACUUUGGGCUGGGAUAUUGUUUAGAGGUUUUUGUUGGGGGUUAUUGUAGCUGUUACUGAUUUUUUUUUGUAGCUUUAAUUUUAAAUUAUAUUAUGAUUUAUGUCAAAAUUGAUUGUAUAAUGUGUUUAAUUUAUUGUUUAUGACUACUUAUGCUAUAGGACGCGGGUGGCGCUGUGGGUUAAACCACAGAGCCUAGGACUUGCUGAUCAGAAGGUCGGUGGUUCGAAUCCCCGGGGUGAGCUCCUGUUGCUCAGUCCCUGCUCCUGCCAACCUAGCAGUUCAAAAGCACAUCAAAGUGCAAGUAGAUAAUUAGGUACCACUCCGGUGGGAAGGUAAACGGCGUUUCCGUGUGCUGCUCUGGUUCUCCAGAAGCGGCUUAGUCAUGCUGGCCACAUGACCCAGAAGCUGUACACCAGCUCCCUCAGCCAAUAAAGCAACCCCAGAGUCGGUCACGACUGGACCUAAUGGUCAAGGGUCCCUUUACCUUUUUACUUACGUUAUACUUAUAAUUCUGUAGUUUUUCAUGUUGUAAGCUGCCUUGAGCAUGGUUUUAUUUGUGGAUAAAACGAUGAUGUAUGUAUGUUUGUAUGUAAUUUCCUCAUGAUCAUGUAUUAGAAAAAGGCAGCACCAAUCUCCAGUAAUCUUUCUUUAGAAGGAAGCACUUGGGGAAAAUGGGAGCAGAAAAGAAUAUCAGUAAAUCACGCACUCAAUAAUCUGUGGGCUUGAGAUAUAGGACACAGCUACGACACCACUCUGACUCCUUGAAUGAGAGAUCUAAUGCCCUGGCAUGGAAUUGAAAAUUGGGAGAAAGUUGUGAUAGGUUUUAUUGAGUUGGGAAAGGUAAUCAUAAGUCACUAGCUGGAAAAAAGCAGCAUAGGUAUAGAUCUUCAAGAGAGCGAUGAUGGUUUUUAGGGGGUCUGUCAUUGCUUUGGACAAAUGCUGCUUAUGUGAAUGUUCUUUCUCCUCUGCUCAGUCUGUGUAUUUGUACAUGAAUGACUCUUCCCAUACUGAUAAAGUCCAGUUGGGCUGCUGCAAUGUAUUUUACAUAGAGCUGCCCUGGAAGAUGCUGCAGAAACUAGAAUGCAGCUGCUAGAAAUCUGACUUGGACUUCCCAUUGGGAAUAUAUCUUGCCAAUGUUGAAGUUUUACCAUUGAUUGUCAACAACUGCCAAGCCCAGAUCACACUGCAAGUGUUUGCCUGCCAAGCCACUCAUAGUGGGAAGCACUCACAUGCUUAAAGACACUCCUGCCCCUGUAUCAGCUCACCUGUUUACUGUGGCCAUCUGUUGGUACUCUUCUUCAGGUGUUUGCAUUGUCAGAGUUGAGACAAGUGGAGAUCAGGCAGGAGGCUGUUUUUGGUCGUAGCACUGCACCUGUGGAACUCUUUUUUUAGGGAACCUAAUCUGAAAUUUACCAUGUUAUCUUUUAAGUGCUGGGUCUUUUAAGGUACUUUCAUUAAGUCUGCCUGCUGCUGCUAUUACCAAUAUUUUAUGCUACUUGGUAUGUUACUGAGACUUGCUGCAUUUAUUUUAAUAUGUUGCACGUUGUCUAGGGAUGAAUGGUGGAGGUGCAAAUUCUCAAAUGAAAAAUAAAUAGCUAGAUAAAUAAAUAAAUAAAUAAAUAAAUAAAUAAUGGAAACAUAAACCAACAAAAGCAGCACAGUCUUCAGCAGUGAGCUUUUGAGAGAGUUCAGGUGGAUUGGAAGCUGCCUUAAACCUGAUAGAGCCUGAUAGAGACAUUUUGGAAAGUGAUUCCCCCUAAUAUAGUGCACUUUGUAUACUGUUUUCACUAACAUGUGCAUUUUAUAAUGCAUGUUUUACCCUAGUGCAUGCAUUUCUGUACACAUUUCUUGACUGGAGAACUGCACUGCAAAAUUCAGAGGAGCACAAAUUUCAAAGUAUAGCUGUGUUUUAGCUCGUAUGUUGUUUCAGAAACUGCAUGUUAGGUAUGUCUGCCUUUAAAUGUGCUCUGGAUGGAAUUUGCCCUCCACCUCUAGCUUUAACAGAUAUAGGUCUUAAUGUAUCUUCCAUUUUGAGUGUGUGAUGGCAAAGAGGUGGAUGUUUAAUCACUGGGUCUUCAUGGUAGCUAAAAAGCUACACGCUGCAAUGCUGCUUGUUCUGUAAGUCUCCGGAUAGUCUUACUGCCUCAUAAAUACAAACAAGUUCCCUGUUUUCUGAACCACAUAAAUACUCAACAAGAGAGCUGGGAGCAGGAAAAUGGCUCAUUUUAAUCCCAAACUCAUAAAAACAACUCAGUGGUGAUAAAUGAAAAUGAUUCUCCAGACCUAACAUCAUAUAAGUUUCCAUUAAUGUUACAUGAGUUUCCCAUUAUAUUGGAGACACAUCAAUAUCACCCGCAGAAGACAUUUUCACAAGCAUCAGAAAUGCGUUUCUUUGGGUUCCCCCGCCCCUUCAAAAAGGAAGAUGCAGCCCAUUCCUAUCUGAUGAUACAAUUCACUGAGACAGUUAAAACAAACAUGUCUGCAUCCCAUCUCUUUGCUGUAUGUGCAAUCAGGAAUGUGGGCAGAGCACUCCAAUGGGGCAGGGAGAGGGAGAAACUGAGGUGGAAAAACUGCUUUUUCCUAUGCCCUGGUGACUUCUAUCAGUCAGGCAAAAUGUGUGUGUAAGAGGGGGGAUGGGGGAAGAAUUAGAUUCAGUCCGCAUUUAAAGUUUGAGCGCUUCCAAAGUUUGCAGUGCAGUUUUCCAUAUACUAGGGUGGAGGGUGCAUAAAAAUGCAUAUAUUCAUGAAAAUAACAUACAAAAACGCAUCAUUAGAGAGCAUUGCUUUACAAAAAGGUACAUAGCAGGCAAAAUUUUCAUUCAGAUAUGUGUAUAUUAGGAGACAUUCCUGUUAUUAUGCUGAUGAAUUUUCAUAGAGACUUGGUUUUUAAUUUUUAAAUGGCAAACAAUUGUGGAAAUAUGAAGAACUAAAUUUAGGAUUGGGGAGAUGAGAGAUAGCUAGCUUGAUGGUUGAGUGGAGAUUUAAAUUCUGGUAUCCUAGGAACUGUUAUGAUAGUUUGCAAGGUGGCGGCAGCCACCUUUCUUCAAUUGGACUUCCAUGCCCAUUUAUCAUGCUAAAUUCUUUUCCUUCCAUUGCUCCUAACACAAUUUCGUUGGGUUCAGGAUAAUGUCUGCAGCAGUUGUGGAAGUUCUUCUCUUGCAGUUUAGGAGCCUUGCUAUUUUAGGUUGUAACAUGCAUGGGGUGAUCAGCACACAGAGAAGACUUUCUACUGCUGACAUUAUCGUGAGCAUCAUGAUGGCAAAAGUGGGGCCGGAGCAACAGGAUGACUUGGGGGGGGGUAUUAAAUGCACAGUCAUAAGCCUUAUUUUCCACAUUUCCCAUCUACAUGAGGGUCAAGGCUUGCUGAAUUUGGGUCCUAUUGAAAACAUUUGGAUAGGUGAGUCAUACCUUCCCAAUGUCUAUGAUCUCAGUUACAAAACUGUGAGAUGAUAGAUGAUAGAUUGAUAGGAUAGAUAGAUAGAUGAUACAUAUCUAAAAACAGUGGCAAGCCACAUAGUGGGAACAGUAAGGACAUAGGAAUCUACCUUAUAUCAUAUCAGGUGAUUGGGCCUGAGUAUUGUUUGCAUUGACUAGCUAUGGGCUCUUCAGGGUUUCAGACAGGGAACGUUCCCCAGCUCUUCCAGGGGUUGCUAGGAAUUGUCCUUGGGAACUUCUGAAUGCCAAACAGAUGCUGUUCUACUAAACUAUGGCUCCUCCCCUAAAAAUAAAGCAAGGUCCCAGUCCUCAUGAUUCUGGAUAAAAGGCUAAAAUAAAUAGGAGCACAGAAAGCUGCCACUGGUCUACUUAUCUCAGUAUUGCAGACAGUGACUGGCAGGGGGUCUCCAGGGUUUCAGAGGGUGGAUGUUCCCAGCCCUACCUAGAGAUGCUUGGGAUUGAAGCUAGAACCUUCUUCAUGCAAAGCAGACACCCUGCCAUUGAGCUACGACCCUCCCCAAACAGGAGAAUAAGCUGGCUGGUUAAACCAAGCCCCGAACCAUGCUGUAAAGAUUAUGUUGCCAGGCAGAGUGUAGCGAGGCUGCUGAUCAGAAGCUUCAAAAGAAACUCAUCAGCUGGAGUGGGAUCUUCAUUUUUUACUCCCCCACCCCUAUUUUUGAAACAAUUGCACCAACAGGAUUAAAGAGGCCACCUUCAGGACAUUUCUGUCCUCCACAGUAAUUCUGGUGCUAGCGCAUCGCUGUCUUUUGCCCGAAAUGCAAUGCCAGCAAUUCGUUGCGCUAUUUACCUAAUAGUUCCAAUUUUUGAGCUCAGUCUCCCAUAUUUAUCUUCUAAUGCAGCAGCCGGCUCGGCGCCUCUGUUUGAAAUGUAUGGGCAUUCCGUUGGAUAUAAUGAGUUUCCGUCAAAAGCUCUGUUAGUGGCUGGCACUGGGGAUAACUCAUUUUGAUGGAAAAUAGGAAAAGAGAGUGGAAGAGGGAGUCGCACAUUCUCAGUCAACUAGAGCAAAUCCUUAAGGCUAUGUACAGAUUAUGAUUUCUGUGCUGCACCCGGACUUUUCUCCCCCCCCUCCGCCCCUCUGCCCAGCCACAUUGCUACUGCAGCACUCAGUAACUUUACAGGUGCACAACUUAGCGGGAAUGCAAGUGGGGCAAGCCUGUUCGGUCCAGUCCCCUCUUACUGGAGCCACUCCUAGCCUGGUGCAAGUUAAUGGCACAUUGAAAUUGACUAGACCAGCUUCAAACUGCUUCUGGUCUAGUCAAUUUUCAUAAAAAUUAAUAAAAAUCCCUCUAAAUAAGAACAUGUUCUUGAAUGUAGACUUCCCAUUGGCAUCUAGCUGGCCUCUCUGGGAAUAAAUGCUGGGCCUUUGGUUUGAUCCAACAGGCCUCUUAAAUAAAUAAAAUAAAUAGGAUGCCAUAAAAGCUAUUUGAUGAUGGCAGCAUACACUGUUGGACAUUGUGGUAGCCCACGAAGAAUAGAACUCCCUCUCCACAGAAGGACAUCUGGCGUUUUCUUCAUAUAGCUUCCACUUCCCUGACCUCUCAACAGCUAAAGUGUGCCAAGAAGGGGCAGGGUGGAGCUGUUGAUUAGCAAUCACACAGGUUGGCAUGAGGUAUGCUGAAGGAGCAUGUACCCUGAUUGGCUCCGUACUUCUGAGGGAGUUCCCCCCUGUAUGUUUAGUUGAAUGUGUCCCCAAUAUAUACAAGGCCUGAAGUAAGAAAGACAAAACGUUUCUGUUUCCCUCUCCCCAAAUUAUAUAUACCGUUUUUGUUCAGUUUCCUCAGUAAAGUAUAAUUAGGAUUUCUUUUCUCUUUGAACUCUGUGUUGUUUAAGUGACUUUGCUAACAGCUAUUACUGCAUAACAGUGACCUCAUUUUUUCUCCAAAAGGCUAUCAAUAAGCAGCUGCUCCUCUCCUAUGGGAGGGAACAACAACAGAUCAGAUGAAUGCUUUCAUUCUGCAAACCAUGCAGAGCAGACAUUCCGCAAGAUGGAGAAUUAUCUCCAGCAGAAGCAACUAUGUGAUGUUCUUCUCAUUGCUGGAGAGCAUAGGAUUCCUGCCCACAGGUAAAGAUUUUGACCUGCUACAGGUACCCAGCCUCCCUGACUGCCCUGCUUCUUCUAAUAUACACAUUUUUAAACGGCCUCAACCCAGUAUACCUGAAGGAGCGUCUCCACCACCAUCGUUCAGCCUGGACACUGAAGUCCAGCGCCAAGGGCCUUCUGGUGGUUCCCUCGCUGCAAGAAGCAAAGCUACAGGGAACCAGGCAGAGGGCCUUCUUGAAAGUGGCACCCACCCUGUGGAAUGCCCUCCCACCAGAUGUCAAAGAGUAAAACAACUACCAGACUUUUAGAAGACAUCUGAAGGCAGCCCUGUUUAGGGAAGCUUCUAAUGUUUAAUAGACUAUUGUAUUUUAAUAUUCUUUUGGAAGCCGCCCAGAGUGGCUGGGGAAACCCAGCCAGAUGGGCGGGAUAUAAAUAAUAAUAAUAAUAAUAAUAAUAAUAAUAAUAAUAAUAAUAAUAAUAAUAAUUUUUCUGUGCAAUUUUGUCUAAUAUGCACACUUUUGCAGAACAAUUUCCCCUAAUAUAAUGCAUUUUUGAAUGCUGUUUUCCACUACAUAUGCAGUUAUAUGCACACUAUUUAACCCAGUAUAUGGAUUUUUUGUACACGUUUUGUGGCUUGAGAACUACUUUACAAGAUUCAGAGAGGUGCAAAUUUCAAAGGAUAGCUGUGUUUCAGUCUGCACAUUGUUUCAGAAAGUUCAAAUUAGGUAAGUUCACCCUUAAAUGCAAACUGAAUUGAAUUUCUCCCCUGUUCACACCUGGGUGUAAGUUCCCCUGAAAACAAGAAUACUUUCUUCUAAGUAGACGUGCAGAGACUUGCACUGUCAGUGUAUCAAGCCAGUCAGGGGGGAUUUAAUUUGCCCAGGGAAGAGAAACAGCUCUCCAAGAGAAUAUUAAAUUACUUAAUCACCAUAUUCUCUUCACUGCACAGAUGUGUGACAUUCUAGUCAUAGGGCAAAAUAAAAUAAAAUAUGUUAUUCCAUGCAUCAUUGGAAUAACAAUGCAUCAUUUAGAGCAACCCAGGCAAAAAGCAAAACAAAACCAACGCAGCGAGGAAGGUUGAUGCUUCCAUCAAGAUAAAGAGCUGACACAGAUCCUUACCUUCUCUUCCCAGGUUGGUUCUGAGUGCUGUGUCUGACUAUUUUGCUGCAAUGUUUACCAACGAUGUCCGUGAAGCAAAACAGGAAGAAAUCAAAAUGGAAGGAGUGGACCCCGAUGCACUGAAAGACCUUGUGCACUAUGCAUACACAGGUAAACUCCCUGCCAACUCUCUUAUGCACAGCGGCUUCCAAAUCAACAAACUGUAUUAUGCUCUUUCACACAAACAGUUGUGCAUAUUUGGAGGCAGCUUGUGCCUGUGCUCAUCGUGUUGUGUGAACAAGUCUAAUAUCUUGUGCAGUCACAAGAACACUUUCUUUGAGUUUCCCCCACAAAAAAAGAACAACCCAUUUUCAUGCACCUCUCUCUCUCUCUCUCUCUCUCUCUCUGAAAAUAUUAAACCACACAGGUGUCCUGGAACUCAAAGAAGAAACAAUUGAAAGCUUGCUGGCCGCCGCUUGCCUUCUCCAGCUUUCACAAGUCAUUGAAGUCUGCUGCAACUUUCUCGUGAAGCAGCUCCAUCCAUCAAACUGUUUAGGGAUUCGGUCCUUCGGAGAUGCUCAGGGGUGCACAGAACUCCUGCGGGUGGCGCACGUGUACACUAUGGUGAGGUCAAAGGAACAAGAUUCCUGGAACUAACUGCUGGGAGGUUAAAGCUAGAGAGGAACUGACAAGUUGUGGUUGUGGUCGCAAAUGGCUACAACAAGAUUAAAUGCCCAAGGAAUCUGCACAGGGCACCAUCAAGGUAGAACUUUGCAGCACAUAUCCAGGGCCCAGCUUAGCAGAAUGAGUGACAUGGCCUGUUAGCUGAGCAAGGCUAGCUCACCACUUUUUAAAGUAUGUAAAAUAGUACACAGUAGUACCUCUGGUUGUGAACAGGAUCCGUUCCGGAGGCCCGUUCACAACCUGAAAAGAGCGCAACCUGAAGUGCUGUAUCUGCACAGGUGUGUGGCACAAUUUGGCGCUUGUGUGCAUACGUAAAGCACGAUUUAGCACUUCUGCGCAUGCUCAAGCGGUGAAACCCGGAAGUAACCCUUUCUGGUACUUCCGGGCCGCCGUGGGACGCAACCUGAAAAUGCGCAACCUGAAGCGUCUGUAACAUGAGGUAUGACUGUACAUUUGCAAUCUAAAAAGAACUACCCCCCCAUGUGAGAAAAUGAAGAAACAAACACUCAAUUCCCCCUGCCUCCAAUUUGAAAUGAAAUAGCUCAUCUGCUUUGCUUGCAAGAGUUCCCUGGUUCAUUUCCCAACUUUUCCAGGUGGGGCUGAAAUCUUAGAGAGCUGAUGCUAAGCAGCCGCCAGAUGGACUGUUGGUAUCUGACUUUGUAUAAGGCAGCUUCCAAUAUUCCUAAAUCAUCCAAACUCACAACAUUAUGUAGGCCUUCUGCUCAAUCCCAACCCAACUGCCCCAAAGACUGAUCAACAUAACGCAGCGGAAUGAGGUGGUAAAAAAGUGGAAUAGCCCAGAGGUGGCAAAAUGGACCCUGCCAUUUCAAUCAGCAAGCGCUAGGGGGAAUACUGUAUCUGAAAACUUACAUAUAUUCAACAAUAACAACAACCCCAAGCACUCUGCAGUUAGAAAACACAGCAAGCAGUGGGCUACAGUUCAUGUCCCUGAUGUGUCUGAUGCCUAUUUGAAGGGAGGGUUGAAGGAAUCUUUACAAAAUAGCUUCUUCUCCCUCCCCCGCAUGCUUCCUAAAGAGGUACAGUCCACUCUUCCAUCACACUCACUGCAUUUGCAUACCCGCCAAGUGUCCUGGAAAAAAAUGGAAAAUCCUGUUUUUUUGUGCAAGACCACAGUUGCCAUUUUGGGUGCCAUGAUCUUGCGAGUUCUUGCACAACGCUCACACUGGAGAAAAAGCAUUUUGGUUGGGGCUGCAAUCUUGUGCGGCAUCCCAAAAUGUGUGUGUGAGAUCGCACCCUGAAAAAGUGGUUUUUUUCAGGGUGAGAUUCUGGCACGGUUCAUGUGACUCGCCCGGGAGCACUCAUCCAGGAAGAUGCACAUCUCAGUUUUUCAUCUGAAAAAGUUGGCUGUUAUGCAUUUGUAGCUCCCUAGGUCUCAUCAGAACUGGCAUGUCCUCAGGUCGUGAUGGAAAGGGCUUGGUACAAGAGCCCAUCUGCCUGACUCAAUUUAAUCUGAAGAGGGUUUUUUAAUUUGCGACUGAGCUAAUCGAUUAGAUGCACCGAUUAAAACCAUUCAAGCCUCUUCACUUCUACAUUUCAUCUUUUUUCAAAGAGCAAAAGGAUGCCUUCUCCCCUCCCUCCUGUUUCAAGAUGAUAGGGCAAACGAAGGCUAGAAUCCUCUUUCAACUGUCAAUAAAGACAGCGGUUCCCCAAAGAGCACAUUAGCUGUGGGUGGGGUUUGAUGCCUUUGGUGGCAAGGAAAACACAGUGGUGCUUUUCAGAAAGGGAGCAAAUGACUGGGUGUGAUCGGGAGCUGGAACAAGCGGAUAUGUGAAAAAUAUCUAUAAUCUGAGGAGCAGAGAAGAGCAUAUACACUGCUGCCCAUACCCCAGUGAUUCAAAGCAGAGGAAGGAACAAUUGAAACAUGAGGUGAGAAAGAGGAAGCUUGCUGUGAAAUAAAAUCUAGGUAUAAAUAUUGCAGAGGGAAAGAGUUGAGAAAACCUCUUCAAAUGCACAAAGAGCAACAAUUCCUGGGUCUGAAUGUGAAAUGAAAGUGAUGUGAGGCUGGGCACAAGCUCAACCCAAGUUGCUGUUUGAUUCAAAAGCAGCUUAAAUCCCUGUGAAGCAAAAUAAGAGAAUUUCCAUGGUUUUUGAAGCCACCAAGAUGAGUUAAACUGGAGCAUACACACUGCUGCUGAAUUUUUAUGACCCAUGGUGGUGGGAUUAAGGUGUGCAAGGCACUGGCUGCAUAGACUUCUGGAUGGGUUGUAGGCCCUCUGCUCUUGGGGUGGGGGGCAGCUGAGUCCUCACACCUUCACUUGUAGAGAAUCAGGAAGGUGCUUACCCUAGAUCAGGCUUCCUCAACCUUGGCCCUCCAGAUGUUUUGAGACUAUAAUUCCCACCAUCCCUGACCACUGGUCCUGCUAGCUAGGGAUCAUGGGAGUUGUAGGCCAAAAACAUCUGGAGGGCUGAGGUUGAGGAAGCCUGCUCUAGAUACACCAGGAAUUAAGUGAAUGCUGGGCCAUUAGGGCAAAUGGAGAAAUGCCCCACCAACCUCGGUCUGCCCUCAGCCAGCCCCCACUUAUUUCCCUACUUCCCUAUUUCCCAGGGAGUGACACAGACUGCUGGAUCUCCCCUCCUUAGUUUCAGUGCUGCCCUUGUAGAACUCAGUAGGGAGGAGGAAAAUGGGGGCAGAGAAAGAAUUAGUUGUCUCUGUUGUUGGCGAUGGUUCUACCUACUAUCUUCCACCCUACCAGGCCCAAUGGGCAAACACUGCUAUGAUUCCAUCUAGCUCAUCAUUGUCAACAGGCAUGAGAAUGAGGAGAGUGACUCUCAGCAAUAAACACUCAAUGGAUAUAUGAAGCAGCCUCUAAAAAGUCCUGUGAGAAAAGAUCAUUAUUAUUUUAGCUUUGUUGUUACUGAUGUGAACUAUUAACAGUCUCCUACCUGGGAAACUUGCUUCAACAAGCAAGAAACUGUUUACAGUCAUACCUCAUGUUACAGAUGCUUCAGGUUACGUGUUUUUGGGUUGUGGAUUGCAGGAAACCUGGAAGUACCAGAACGGUUUACUUCCGGGUUUCGCCGCUCACGCAUGUGCAGAAGUGCCAAAUCGUGGCAGCGCCUGCGCAGACGUGAUGCUUCAGGAUGUUAAUGCUGUGGGUUGCAGACAUGCCUCCAUCAUGGAUUAUGUCUGCAAUCUGAGGUUCCACUGUACUAUAAACAGCUUGUGGUAUUUCUUAAGAUCAUAGCAUCUGAGUAGGGAUUAAUUCUGCACAGUUUUUAAUCAGUUCAUAUAACUGAUUAAUGAAAUGCUGCACUCCUACUUUAUCCUAGAAAUGUUAGCAAAAAUAUUGCAUCCAGAGCUCAGAACUCCAGCUGAAGCAUAUUUCUCUAGAGACUUGGUUGGGGUCAGGCAAGGAAAGUAUGGAGUGAGGAGUUAUCUCUUUAUUGUCAAAAGUACCCUUAUAAGUUAGGCAAGGACAGCCCUGUGUCUCUCAGCUCCUCCUAGGUGUGCACCAGAUGAGGCAUUUGCCACAAGAGAGAGGCCUUGUCCCAAUCUCAUCUUAAGUAUCUUCCCCACUAGAGUUGCAGGCAAGCAGGUGAAAACUCCACCUGCAUAUAAUCUGCUUCUGCUCCUCCCACUUCAGUCCUCUUUUGGUCCUGGGAGAGUGUGGAAUAGGAGAGGUGAAGGCAGGAGGAGGAGGAGGAGGAGGUGAGGAAGCCCUUGACUCUAUGCCAGCUGGACCUCUCUCUCCCUCCUCCUGCAUCUGCACCUGUUCUUCACCCUCCAGUCCUGCAUCUUCUCCUGCCUCUGACUUUCAGUCUCCUGGCUUUUACAGGCUCCCUCAGAUCACUGUCCCCUUCUUCCAAGUCAGUCUCCAACCCUCCUUCUCCUGACGCUCACUCUUCAGUAUCCAGCCACCACUCCCCAGCGUCCAGCCAGGCCCUGACACUAGAGUUAGAAGAAAGUAGGCUACUUGUAAAUGCAAUACUAUCCUCUCUGAGCCUCUAGGCUCAUAUGGGAUAAAAGGCAGUGUGAAGGAAAUUCUUGGGGGUUGGGCUAGGUGAUGUUCAGUGUACCCUUCCAGCUCUACAAUUCUAUGAUUCUAUGAAUGAACAAAUAUGUAAAAUGCAGAUGCCAUGCUAAGUUAUGUUUUACUCCCUUCAUUAGGAACACUUCACUGAGGUAAUAAAGAACCAGGAAUUUCUCUUGCUGCCUGCUGGUGAAAUUGCUAAGCUCCUGUCAAGUGAUGACAUCAAUGUCCCAGAUGAAGAAUCCAUAUUCAAGGCACUGAUGUUGUGGGUUCGGCACGACUUGCAACCCAGGCAGCGGGAGCUUGGAAUGCUUCUCUCCUACAUCCGAUUGCCUUUGCUGUCCCCACAGGUAGGCCUCUGGAUAGAAUGCCUGAGAAAUUUGAUUUCUAUGAAUCCUUAUGCACACUGACCUGAUCCACACCUCCAGGGUAAAUGUGCUGCUUGAAACAUCAUUAUCCUGCUGAAUUUGUGCUUCCCUAUAUUUUGUGAUACAGUUUUCGGCUCCAAACCUCCUGUUGUUAUGACUGUUAUUAAUUUUUAUUUUAACUUAUUUUGAACCUACUCUUUAUUGGUCACACAAUCCUGGAGCGAGCAAUCACAUUUCAAAUAAUAUUUCAUUGAAAUGCACCUAAUGUGAAAAUCAAACCCUACACUAGCAACUAGGACUGAGUGAGAAAUUUGAUUCAGAUGACACUGAAAUGUGAAGCCUACCUAAUCUGCAGUUUCUGAAACAGCAUGUGAACUGAAACACAACCAUAUUUGAAAUUCAAAGUUGCAUGAAUUUUGCAAUGAAGGUCUCCAGCCAAGUAAUGUGCAAAAAGUCAUAUACUCACGUAUAUUUCAAAUGCAUAUAUAGAGAGAUAUUUUUAUUAAAAAUGCACUGUAUUAGGGGAAAUUGCUUUGCAAAAUGUAACGAUGGGGGGGUUGUAGAAAAGUAUAAAAAUGUGUAUAUUGGAAUACAUUUUCAAUAAAAUGUUGAUGAACCCCUCACAAUCUGAUGUGGAAAUGUGGAUAAAAACUGAAGCUGACAUAUUUGUUAUAUCAGCCAAAUGAGGGCACCAUUCUAACAAAAGAGUUGGAUGAAUGGCCAUGUUUCUACCUUUGGUAUUGCUUGCACCUAGUAAAAACCUUCCGCUGGCAAUUAGUUCAGUUUAAUGUUGGCAAGCCCCCUCCCCAAGGAUGACAAUGAGACUGUAUUCCUUUCAUUAGAAGACAAUAGGGAUAUGUCAACAAUUCUGGCACUUAGGUUGGAGCCAAAGCUGGAGGCAUCAGAGAGUAGAAGCUGGCCAGGUCUGGUGGUAAAUCACAUGGCACCUCCCAUUGGAGACCAGGCUGUGCUUGUGUGAGAAACUGUGAGUGCAAUUGUUUCCUAUAAUUUCCCCAUCCAGACACCCCAAUAGUAUCAUAGGAUCAUCAGACCAUGGGGAAGUGCUUUGGUAAUGCAUUGAGGAGGUCAAAUUCUGGGGAUAAGAGAUGGGAGACAAUCUUCCAAGCUAUGAUAAGAAGGUUGAGGAUGAUAGGGAGUGGGAUUUGGUUGUAGGAAGCUUGACAGCAGUUCCCCAAGCUAGGAGUCAGCAUGGUUAGGCAUCUACUGGAGUUCAUGUUCUAGCAAGGAAGUUCACUGCUGACCUGCCAACUUCAUUCCCCAAAAUUGCAGUUGAAUUUCAACAUUUUGUUUAAUCUUGUGUGUGCAAACUAAUAUGCAUAGAAGCCCAUGCAACCUGAAUCCUGGGUCCUGUUGGCCCACUGGCCAACCCUCUCCUCCCUUAGCCAGCUCCAGGUGUGGAAGAGGAGGAGGAUCAGUAGCAGCAACACCAGCCGCAAGGAGGAUUUCCGAUGGCUGUCUCAGGGUCCCCACUAAUUAUUAUGAUGCCCUGUGGCCCUUAACAUCUGGAGAAAGACUUGGCUGAUAUAUCUAGAAAUGACCUUUUGAUUACAUCAAUAUGAACACCAAGACUUUGUAUGUCUCAGCUAUUAGCAGAUCUGGAAAACAGCCCCAUGUUCACUGAUGACCUUGAGUGCCAGAAACUUCUCAUGGAAGCAAUGAAGUAUCACCUGCUACCAGAAAGGAGGUCUAUGAUGCAGAGUCCUCGUACUAAGCCUAGGAAGUCCACCGUGGGCUCUCUCUAUGCUGUGGGGGGUAUGGAUGCCACCAAAGGUAAACUGACAAAGUGACCUCUGGCCUAUGAAAACUUAGUUCACAAUAAAUGUAGUUAGCAUGUAAGGAUGUAAGGAUGGGGUAGCCAACAUGCUAUUCUCCCGAUGUUUUGGACUACAACUCCCACUAUCCCUAAUCAUUUAUUAUGCUGACUGGAGAUGAUGACAGCUAUAGCCCAAAGCAUCUGGCAGGUACCCACUGGCUACUCCUGGUACAAAGCCAGGAUAGAGAAUCUGGGACUCUCCAGAUGUUGGACUCCAACCAUCAUUGACCACUGGAGAUUAUUGAUGAGGAUGAGCACAACUGUGGCAACAGUUUAGAUGAACUACAGAAGAUCGAUAUUAGCAAGCUGUGCUCUGACUACUAGAUCGCUCAGUCCUCAAUUCCUUUGCCUUUUGAGAGGCUACCAGGCACUGCCUAUACAAUUCCACGUACAUUUUCACAUCACAGGCAUCAUGGGAUGGUGAAAAGAGUACUGGGCUUGGAAUGGGGAGAUCAGUUCAGACUAGGAUGGGCAGAUGCAAAAGAGGACAGGGCCCCUGUAUUUAAAUAGUUGUGUAGAAAAGGGAAUUUUAGCAAGUGUAGUGACCUCUUCUACACAACUACGAGAGGAUCCCUGCCCUCUUGCAUCUUCUUUCACCAGCUUCAGCUAGGAAGACAGCUAUGCCCAUUCCUGGAUCAGGAUAGCUUGACCACAGUUGUCCACACAAAGUUGGAUUACUGCAAUGUGCUCUAUACGGGACUACCCUUGAAGUGGCUCCGCAGGCUACAGCUGGUGCAAAACCUGGUGACUAGGUUGCUUGUGAGGGCAAACUACUGCUGGCAAUCUGCUACUGGGUCAGGUUCAAGGUGUUGUUACUAUCAUAAAAGACCCUCUACAACUCCGGACCAGGUGACUUGAGAGACCAACUUAUCCAUUAUAUACUCAGCAGGCCACUGUGGUCUGUGGGGGAGCUUCUCCUUCAGGUUUCAAAGAUACUCUGUAGAACAUCACUCCUGUCGAGAUAUAACAGGUGACCACUAUCUGCACUUUGGGAAACAGCUGAAGACAUUUUUGUUUCCCAGCUGGAAGUAUGCUUAUUUUGUAUUUUAUUGCAUUUUGUACACUGCCUUGAGACAUAAUGUGUGUAGAACGCCCAUAAUUUAAUAUAAUCGCCAUCACCACCAACCACCCCACCUUAAUUAGAAGGCAGCUUCCUGUGUUUACCAAUCUACCUUCACAUUAUUAUUACUAUUGAUUUAUUAAUAUCCUUAUAAACAACUGUCUCAAAGCAAUUUACACCAAAUAUAUUUUAAAACAGAUAAAAAUACAAAAACAUACAAAGUAGACACUCAUGGUAAAGACCCAUUCAUCCAUAUGGGAAAGCCCGUCAGAGCAAGAUGGUCUUAAAUUGUUUCUGGAAAGUGCAGAUAGCUGGCACCUGUUGCAUCUUGACAAGAAUGAUGGUCCGCAGAACUGGGUAGCCACACUAAAAGCCCUGCUCCAAAUUACACCUUGCACAUUUUGGUAUCGCCAAGCUAUUACCCUGUGCCUCCUCCACCAGGUAUUGCUAAUUCUGCAUACAGUAUUUUGAAUCCUCAACAGGGAAUGCAGGUGUAAGCUCUGGAAGAUAAGGCAAUUCGCUUAUAAACCAAAGCCUAUCCGAGUCCAUCUGCCACUUUUAAAGUGCCACACCCUUUUUUUUUUUUUUUUAAAGGGAACGAAUAGGUUUAUAUUCCGCUGCUACCUGCAGAAACUUUAACCUUACCCCCACAGCAUACAACCCACAGAAAAGCAAUUAUUCAAAGAGAUUGUAGUGUUACUUGCUACUGCAGAAAUUGCUAGCAAGAUUGGAUGUUUGAACUAAUUUCAAACACGCUGUCUUGCCACCAUAUUACAUUUCGUUAUAUGGAAUGAAUAUUAACAUUAUUCAGAUAUAGUUGCUCACACCACUCCCAAGGUAAAAAAAAAAGGAAAAAAGCACAGCACUUUAGAUCCUCAGGAUGAAGGGGAGAAAAUGGUUUGGAUUGCAUUGUGUUUCUUGUGCAAUCAUAAUGGACACAUAGGAGAUUGAAGCUGAAGUCCGAGCCUUAAGAUCUUUGCUUUAGUGGCUGACCUUUAGAAUUGAAUGGACAGGAGUGGAAUGAAUUAGAAUUAAUUGGAAUUUCACAGUUGAAAAUAGCAACACUGGUUGCCUCGCUUCAGAAAGGAUAUUGUAGAGCUGGAAAAGGUUCAGAAAAGGGCAACCAAAACCAUCAAGGGAUUGGUGCAACUUCCCUCUGAGGAAAGGUUACAACUUCUGAGGCAUUUUAGUUGAGAGAAAAGGCAGGUAAGAGAUGAAAUUAUAGAAGUUGGUAAAAUUAUGGAUGUCAGGGAAAGUGGACAGAGUAAAGUUUUUUGUCCCUUUCUCAUGACCCCAGAAUUCAGGGACACUCAGUGAAGCUGAAUGUUGGAAGACAAAAGAAAAUACUUCUUUACACUGUUAAACAAUGGAAUUGCCACCAACUAGGGUGGAUUUAAAAGAGAAAUUCAAGAAGAUAAGACUAUCAGUGCCUACUAGUUGUGAUGGCUGCUGUUCUCUGGCCCUGCUUGUGGGCUUCACAUAGACAUCUGGUUGGCCUGAUCCUGCUCCCUCUCUCUUUUUAUCCCUUUACAAAAAGAUUAAAAAACACCAUGCACCACUCAGUCUGUUAAUAUAUCCCUAGCUACAAGGUACGAGUCUUGGGUGUUACCACUCUACUUUUCCAGCCUAUUUCUGCAUGCAUGUAGUUCAUUUUCCACACUCUGUUACUUGUCACUGCUACACAUUGCCACACCAUAAUUUUAGAAUUUUGACCAGUUCCUAUCCUUGAAGCAAACUCUAAAAAAAACUUCUUAACCACCAAGUAUUCAAUGGUGCCUUGCACUUCCAUGUAUUUCAAGCACAAAUACUUUCCAUGUAUUUUACAUACAAAUUCUCAAGAUAUCUCAGUUAUAUAAGUGGUUAAAAUUGGCUGCUCAUGAUCUCCAAACAGUGUCAGCAAUAUCACUGAAUGUUCAUGAAUAUUCCAUUGCCACCACUAUUCUGUAAGAUUCUCCUUCAAAUUCACUAUUCAUAUAUUUUCAACAGGCACUACCACCAUUGAGAAAUAUGACUUGAGGACAAACAGCUGGAUCCAAAUUGGAACCAUGAAUGGAAGGCGGCUACAGUUCGGGGUUGCUGUGAUUGACAACAAGCUGUACAUUGUAGGAGGAAGAGAUGGCCUGAAAACAUCCAAUACAGUCGAAUGUUUCAAUCCAGUAACCAAAGCCUGGACUGUGAUGCCCCCAAUGUCAACCCACAGGCAUGGUUUAGGUAAGAACACUUGCAAAAUUAUCUUCUACUUAAACUGACAAUGACAGUUUGUCACACAUUAAACAUGCACUUGCCGUGCAAUGAUUCUCCAGAGACCUCUAACUGAGAACAGGUCUACCCAUACCUUGAGAACAGGUCUAUGUAUUCCUAGCCAUCCCUUGACAUUAGAUGCAUGUGUGAAUGGAACACUGUGAUUCAGUGAUCACAGUAAGAGCUUUCCGAUCAUAGCUCAAACACAACAACUUGGAUCCAGCGUUGGUGGAAGUCAGAACUACGUGUGUUACUGGGCUUUCCCAGCCCUCUUCUUCACUGCAAUUAUUACAAAGAGAAUGUUUUGAGUACACACACAGAGUUAAAAAUGGGAUGGAAUGCACUGUAUGAAACAGACAUGGUAGCCAAGUGAAGACCAUUCCAUCCAUCCCUACUCCACAGCCAUGAAGCUUCACAGGCUGUUCGCAGCCCCAGAGAUUCCUUGUCCUGUAUUGUUGCAUGAAUUUCAGUGUUGUGUUUUGUUGUGUGACUGUUAUGCCAGUUAUCCACCAUAUGGCUCUACUGGGUGGAUGGCGGGGUAUAGGUGAGGAACACGAAUACGUAAUUAAACAAAUGUGCAUCUACAUUAAUAUCUACUACUUUCCUCCCAACUCUGAUUUUCACCCAAAGGUGUAGCAAUGCUUGAAGGGCCAAUGUAUGCGGUUGGAGGCCACGAUGGAUGGAGUUACCUCAACACGGUGGAAAGAUGGGACCCUCAGGCCCGGCAGUGGAAUUACGUCGCAAGCAUGGCAACACCAAGGAGCACUGUGGGGGUUGCAGCACUGAACAGCAAGUAUGCACAACACUCACAGAUAAGCUCAGUUGAUUAGACUGUGUUGCCGAUAAUGCCAAGGUUUCAGGUUUGAUCCCUGUAUGGGAUAGCUGCAUUGUAGGGGGUCGAACAAGAUGACCCUCAGUGUCUCUUCCAACCAUAGCUGUCAACCUUCCCUUUUUUUUGCGGGAAAUUCCCUUAUUCCAGCGCCGUUUCCCGCUUCUUCCCGCUGCUAUCUCGGAUUGUUAGAUAUCCCGUAGACUGUCCCCGGGACAGGUAAGGCUGCUGAUCCCUUAUUUUUGAGGCUGCUGAUCCCUUAUUUUUGAGGCUGCUGAUCCCUUAUUUUUGAGGCUGCUGAUCCCUUAUUUUCAAAUCUGAAAGCUGACAGCUAUGCUUCCAACUCUACUAUGAUUUUAUGAUUAACCCUGAAGAGACACUGCCAGUCCGUGUAGACCAGAGAUGGAGAACCUUUGGCCUUUUGGAUGUUGUUGUACUGCAUCCCCCACCCAUCACCCUUAAGCAUUGGCCAUGCUGGCAACACCUGAUGGGAGUUCAACAACAUCUCGAGGCCCACAUAUUCUACAUCCUUGUUGUAGAGCAAGAUGAACCGAUGGCAUGCUACCUGCGUCCUUCCUUCAAAAUGUGGGCAAUUAGACAAGAUGCCUUCAUGUCUUGCUUGUCCUGCUGUUAUAGGUUGUAUGCUGUUGGCGGGCGAGACGGCAGCUCCUGCCUGAAGUCCAUGGAGUGCUUUGACCCCCACACAAACAAGUGGAGCAUGUGUGCAUCCAUGUCAAAGCGGCGUGGAGGGGUUGGUGUUGCAACCUACAACGGGUUUCUCUAUGCCGUGGGUGGCCAUGAUGCUCCUGCUUCGAAUCACUGUUCUCGGCUUUCUGACUGCGUAGAAAGGUAGGGGCAUUUUUAAAAAUUGUUACUGCAUGUAUAUAAACCUCCUUUUCUUCAAGGAGGUCAAGGUGACAUACAAUAUUCCCCAACUCCAACCCUAUGAGGUAGUUCAGGAUGAGAGAAGGUGACUGGCCCAACGUCACCCCAGUGAGUUUCAUGCCCAGGUGGGGGUCUGGUCACCAUCUCAGGCUGUAACCAUUAUGCCACACAGCCUAAAGGAAUUAAGUGAUUGAAAUCUUCCUUUGUGCAUUGAAACAGAUGUUUUAGGUUUAAACAACAUGCUGGAUUUAUCAGGUAUUCGCCAGAGAAAGUAAUUUAGUAAAUUAACAAAAUUAGGGAUGCAGUUAGAGGGCCUCCCAAAGAAUGAAAGUUCAAAUUAGGGAGGUGAUCAUACUCUACCUGUGUGCCGCUUCGUACAUUGAUAGAUUCUUACUGGAGGUGCGGAACUUUCUGGAAGCCACAUAUGUGGGCAGGACGAUCAGGGCCGUCUUAAGCAUAUCCAGCGCCGUGGUGCAAAGAUCCCUCUGGCACCCCCCCCCUUUCCCAGAGUUGUCAACCUUUCCCCAAGCCUCUGCAGGGAUCGCUCUCCUCCCGCGGAGGCUUGGGAGGCAAGCUGCAUGCCCGCCAGCCAUAUGGUUGACGCGGCACAGCUGGCAGCUGUGCAGGGAAAGGGGAGGCCGCUGGCAAAGCCAUGCAGCUCCCCCACUUGCUGGGGCGCCCCUGAGAGGCCAGCGCCCUGGUGCAACGUGCCACUAACCCAAUAGGAAAGACGGCUCUGAGGACCAUAAGCAACAAUGCAUAUAAAAUCGACAUUUAUACAGUAGGCUAGGUCCUACACACAUGCACACACUCUUCUUUAUUUUCCUUCCAUGGUAGCGAGAAGCAGGAUCCGUAUUCGAGGACAUAUUCAAGGCAGGCAAAAACACUCAAGGAGGAUGCAAAACAGAGUCAGUGGCGGAUAGGGGAGAAGUCCUGAGGCCCAGGCAGAGAGGCUUGGAGGUCUGAAUUUGGGCCUGAGGUUUCCCACCCCUGAUUUAUCUGAAGCAAAUGCUGCUUCUCUUAAUUCCAAAUGUAUGCUGUAUGCACACUUUCCAUCUAACAAUGAAUGGUAGCUUUGAUUUAUUAAACUGCAAAAGGCUUCUAUACUAAGAAUCCAUCAAUUUCUUCAAAAGGCAGCUUGCUGAUAUCUAAAAUUCCUUAAAGCGUGCACAGACUAAAACAUUUCUAUGAAUUAUUAUAGCCAUCCAGCAAAUAGUAAUAAUAAUAAUAACAAUAAAUGCUUGGCUUUUUCUUGAGACAUUUGCUUGAUGUCCUCUAAAUGGAAAGGGAAUAAAGAAUGGGUGAUUGGCUGUCACUGUUGCUGCUGCAUGCUUCAACUCAGUCAUUUUAUAUUGUGACGAAGAAGAAAGGACUAGAUCAUAAGUCAAGAGUGCCAUCUUGUGGCUGCAGGAAGCAUGAUUAUAUUUCUUCCUUUCUCUUGAGAACCUUUACCAGCUCAGGUUUGGGGGACCGGGUGUGGGGGGAAGUUUCCUCAAAGCAGUGUCACUCCUGCCUGUUAAUCUGGAUGCCUUUGUUUUCUCUUUGAUUACUCUUUGCUGCUGCUAGGUAUACCUACUGCCCCAAUGCCAUCGAUUCCUUCCUCCUAGAUGGCAAACGUUGCUUCCUUUUCCUGCCCUCACUCUGAUUAUUCUACCCUGAAGCCUAAUCAGAGUGAGGGCACAAGUGGGAUGUGACAUGUCCUGUCUAGAGAGGAAGAAACAGAAGGAACUUUGCAGGGGUGGGGAGGGGAAAGAGAAAGUAUCAUGUAGUAUAAGAGAUGAAGAUGAAUGCUACUGGGUAUAUAAUUCACCCUCUUCAAUUUCCCACGCCCAAAUCACCAAAAUGGCCCCUUCCAAUGGGGUACUGCAGCUGAAGGAGGCAUUUAAGCUUAGUUAUUUUAUUUAUUUAUUUAUUCUACUAAUAACUGCAAAGAUCUACAUAAAUACUCUAGGUAUGAUCCGAAAACAGACACUUGGACCACUGUAGCACCUUUGAGCGUACCCCGUGAUGCUGUUGGGAUCUGUCCUCUUGGAGACAGGUUGUACGCAGUGGGUGGUUACGAUGGACAAACCUACCUGGAUACGGUGGAAUCUUAUGAUGCACAAAACAAUGAAUGGAUAGAGGUAAUUUGCUUGUUAUUGCAUUUAUAUCCCGCUUUCCCUCCAAGUAGCUCAAGCUGCUUUACAUGGUUCUCCUAACCUCCCCUUUUUGUUCUCACAACAACCCUGUGGGAUAAAUUAUGCUGAGAAGAUGGUGGCUAGCCAAAGGUCACCCGAGGAGCUUCAUGGCUGAGUGAGUCUAGCCUGCUUACAGCUCCACUACCCAACACCAUCUUGCCUAUUGCCACUAACCAAGAAAUGCCCACCUGUCUCUAUUGCUCUUCCAGAUGUACCAACCCCAGCUGCUCCAGGGUCUCCCUUUCUCUCAAAUGUUUCCCUGGCUGCCCCUUCUGCUUGAGCAUGACUCCCAAGAUACCUCAAGUGCAAUUAUCCUGUAAAGCCUUUGGUACAAGCCUUUAAGUCUUUACUCUACACAGAAACGGAACUUUAGUGUGUGUAACUGCAUUUCUCCCAUAUUAGUUACUUUGCCCAAGUCUUCCUCCCCCCCUGUCAAAGUUUACAUUAUAAGGGGCUUGGGGCAGGGAUCUACCUUUUUGUCUAUGUUCCUCUGUAAGGCAAUUAAUAGAUAAGCAGCAGUUUUUAAGCAGAGGUUAGAUGGCCAUCUUUCAGGGAUUCCCCAAAAAGUACCCCUCCUUUAACACCCCAUACACCCCAACAAUAGCCCUAGCAAUAACAACAUACAGUGGUACCUCUAGUUGUGGACACAAUCUGUUCCGGGGUGCCGUUUGCACCCCAAAAAGUCUGCAACUAGAGUGGCGCUUCUGUGCAAGCGCGGAGCACGAUAGAGCAGUUCUGCGCAUGUGCGAAGCGUGCAGAACACUUCUGCGUAUGCGCGGGGUUUGCUGUGUUCGCAAGCCAAAAAGACCCAACAUGAACCUAACGCAACACGAGGUAUGACUGUAGUAUUUAGAGGGAAAUUACAUGCUGUUCUUAAUUAAUUUAGAUCAUGGCUGGGGAAACUUUCACCCUCGAGGUGAUGCUGGGCUCCCACCAUCCUUGGCCUGGAACCCAGAUGGAGUUCGGGUUUGACAUCCAAAGGGCAGCAGUCCCCCUCCCACCGAUUCAGAAUGGCAUGUUAGGUGGAGUUAACAGAGCACAUUCUGGUUGGUUUUUUUUAGGAAGUUCCAGUCAAUAUAGGAAGAGCCGGCGCCUGUGUUGUAGUCGUGAAGCUGCCAUAA